AACGCCGUAAAGAAAUCUAUGUCGCGGCGCACGUAAUGUUCUCGCUUUUUUUACGCCGCGUCACGGGUCAAUGGUUGCCAACCUCUCGUCUGUUCCGUACCCCUAAGCUUAAUAUUUUGCACGGAUCGUUAUAACCUUUAAACUUCAUCUCGUGUUACUGCUCCUGUAACGUUUCAAAUAAUAUAAAUCAAUAAUUGCUCCGACAUUACGCAAUGUUUUUUCGCGUACUCCGAGUUUGGGAACCGCUAUCCUACGAGAUACGCGAGCAAUAAUGUUAUCAUAGCCCGCCCAUCCGCCGGCCUAUUUACCGUACGGAUAGGACAUCCCAUAAAAUAAAAUCUAUUUUCAAUAUUUUAUCGCGUUCGCGCAGCACACAGCGUUUAUUGUUGUUCGUCAUUCCGUGUUCGAAUGCAAACCUGCCGCGGCUUUUUCGGUUUUGAGAACCCUUGGUCUUUCGACAUUUUCAGAUUUAUCGAUUCCGUCCUUAUCAUAUGACGCUAAUUGUUCCUCGUACCCCCCCGUGAACGUCGAAUUUCUGUUUAUUUCACCAGACGUCCGAUCGCUUGGGUUUUUUUUUUUUCGGUUUUCUCGAAUUACGUUAUCCGAUGAACUUUGUUUUCUAUUGUGUUUUGCGUUUUACAUAAAGUGAUAGAUCGAAUUGUUUUCAAAUAAAAUACAUUAUCCGUGUUAAGAAAAACGUUAAAUAUCCUCGUUUGACAUAACGAAAUGUCGUCUUCCAAAGAUAAAUUGUUUAUUAAAGACUCUCAAGUUAUGAAGUCGAUAAUGAAAGAAUUGGGGAUAAAAGAUUUCGAUGAGCAAGUUAUAAGACAUCUAUUGGGAUUUAAUUACAAGUACUCAACAAUGAUUUUGGAAGAUGCCCAAAGAUAUUCAAAAUUUGCUAAUAAGGACAACAUUGAUGUCGAUGAUGUCAAACUAGCAAUACAUUUUUCUCAAGAUAAAUUACUCAUUAAACCUCCAGAUCGUGAAGCUCUUAUGGCAGCAUCUAAAGAGAUAAAUAAUAAAGCAUUACCUCCAAUUAAGAAUACUAAAGGUUUGCACAUUCCUCAAAGUUAUAGAUUUGCAUCAGAAUACCAACUUAAAACUGAUUUGAAAUCUGAAAAAGAGGCAAGUAAAUCUGGCACAACCACUAUAACUACAGCUGCAGAAAUAUUAGAAGAUUCUAAAAGAAGAAACACCAAGAAAAUUAACAAGGAUAAUCUAGUUAUGGAUGAUUUACUUCAAUAUGAUUUUCAAGAGACUCUUGCAACCCGAGUGAAUAGUGAAGGUUUAAAUGAAGAAAUAAUUGGCCCACAAGAAUUUGAACCGAACUUCUUUAAUAAUAAUUUAAACCAAUAUUAAACUAAAAUCUUCUCCACAAUUUGUAAUGUCAUUAAACUGUACAGUUUAUAUAAAAACUUUUUAAUUUAUGAACAAUUUUAUGUAACACUUAUUCUGAAAAUCUAUCAAUAGCUUACCAUUAAUUGUAUUUUAA